AUUUUAUUUGACGAUUUGCUUUGUAAAUAUUAUUGUCUCAAAUUUUUUAAAGUUAUUUUAAUUUUUUUUUUUUGUAACUAAGUUCUUAUUUUGAGUUAUAGCUUUUAAGUAAAACAUGCAACAACAGCCAACAUCAAUUCCACCUGGCCUUAAAACACUCAUUGAUCAGUGCCACAGAAUUUAUCCAGAUCAGCCAAAUCCAUUGCAAGUGACGACGAUUUUAAAAUAUUGGUUAGGAGGACAAGACCCUUUGGAUUAUAUAAGCAUGUACAAUAAUAGAGGAAAUGUUGAAAUGGGUAUUUUACCACAUUGGCACUAUAUCAGUUUCGGAUUGUCAGAUUUGCAUGGUGAUGGAAGAGUUCAUGUACGAGAACAAAACUCGGAAACAUCAGAUUAUCCGUUGUCUGGCAUGGGGUUCGAACUAACAUUUAGACUUCUUAAAAAUCCAAACGAUGAAAGACCACCAACAUGGCCGGCAAAUUUAUUGCAAGCCUUAGCUAGAUAUUGUUUUCAAACAGGAAAUCGUUUUUGUGUUGGAGAUAAUGUUCCAUGGCGGAAACCUAUAGAUAAUUCUACAUCUUCAUUAAUACAGCAUUUACUAAUAGCAGAAGAUCCUCAGCUUAAUAUGACAGAGACCCCUUUUGGUUCAGUACAGUUUUGUCAAAUAGUUGGUGUUACUGAAGAGGAAUUGGAGCAGGCAUCACGUUGGAAUGGAAAAGGAAUUCUAAAUUACUUAAAAAGGGACGUUACUACUGGCGGCGAAUGGCUGAUAACAAAUGUAUAUAGAACACAAAGUUUGUUUGAGCUAUUUCCCGAAACACUCCAACAAUUACAAGAUGAUUUAGAGAAAGAAGGAUCGGAUUUAGCUGGUAUAAACGCUGAGUUUACAUUUAGAGAAUUACACAAACAAAAAUUUAAGACUGAAAUUGAUUCAGAUGCUUUAAAUGAACAGUGUCUAUCUGAUGAGAAUAAUAAAUUUCCAGACACAAAAGAGAUAUGUUUAAUGGAUCUAAGUGUUACAAACGAAAGUUUCAGUUUUUUGCAGUCAAUGUCAAUCAGUAACUCUUUAGAAGAUGCUUGCCCAGUUAAUUUUCAACCACUAACAGCAAAUGUAGUUCCUUUAGAUGGUAUAGAAAUAACUUUAGCAUUUUCAGCUGCAAAAUAUUUAUUGCUAUCAAUAAAAGAUAGAGUUCGACAUGGUCGUCACUUUACGUUCAAAGCACAAAAUCUUGCACUUACUAUACUAGGUGAAUCUGUAACUGGUGGUUCUGUAAAUAAAUCAAAUCCAUAUGGUGUAAUUGGAUAUUGGGUACAAAUAAUGAUCACAGACGAUUUGGUACCACGAAUGAUGGAGGCAUUUCAAACCAUUGAUACAAGUAAAGAAUUAACAGAAAGAAGAGAAUUUGAAUGGCCGGACAAAAACUUAAAAGUUAUCAUUGAUAAUCCUAUACCAUAUAAUACUCUAAAAAAUAGUUCAUAAGAAUAUAUUUUUAAUUUUUUUAAAUUUUAAAUUUAUUGCAUUUAUGUAUUCAUUAUUUUUAAUACAUAUUCGAAAAGUAAGAGCUUCCAUAUUAUAUUAGUUAAGAAUUUGAUAUUAAAUUUAU